AUGGCGCAAGCAACACCUACAGCGCCGAAUUGUUUAAAAACUAUUCAAUGGAUGUGGCAGUCAAAUCCAAACCCAUGGUCAAAAUCGGAGCCAGCUCAGUGGAGUCAUUAUUCUGAUUUGGAAAAUUUAAUCAUUGAAGAAGCAUUUCAAGAUAAACAACCACGAGCAAUUUUGGAUAAUUAUUACAUUGAUUUCAAACGUAAUCGUCAAAUAUUGAACCUCGACGAGUACAAACAAAGACCGAUAAAACGAGUAGAGCGUAAGAGAGAAGACAAACAUUUACGAGAAGCACGUUUUAUGGACCUUCCUGUUGGUAAAGGACGUUCAUUUGGUGGUCAAUAUGGUUGGGUAUCUCCGUUUGUAAUUGAAGCUAGGAGAUAUUUGAAACUUGAACUGGAUGAUUUACCUUCCAAAAAACCAAACAUGAUUCCAAUGCUCAUAGAAAAAGCUGCUCGUGGUAUAAUUGAAGAAGGAAAACAUAUUGGAAAAGAACGAGAAGCCGAAAAAUUGGCUAAAAUGCUCAGAGAAAAGAAGAACGCAGGAAUGGAGGAAGUAUGGAGAUGUUGCGCAUAUCUUUACACAUUGGAAAGUUUUCUGUACAAAACAUUGAAUGCAGCGAUGAGGUUAGUAGGAGACCAAGAACAUGAACAAGUUUGGCGAAGUAAAGUUCGGACAUUGGGACCAUUUUGUUUAUUACUUUGGGAUGAUCCGUUUAAUCAAAAAUUGACAACCAAAAAGAUACUUUACCGAGGAGCCAAACUGACUAAGGAACAGAUUGCUAGUUAUGAAGAAAUGGCAAAAGACGACAAGGUAUAUGGAUCAUUUCAAGCGUAUACAUCAACUAGUCGUAAUCGUGAAAAAGCAGAACAAUUUGGAAAUACAUUAUUCAUCAUGGAAGUAUUGAUUGCUUUUAUUGCUGAUCUUAGUCCAUUAUCCGAAUAUGACAAUGAAGAAGAAGAACUUGUUACGGCAGGUGUUUGUUUUCGUGUUAAAAGUGUUAAGUUCGAUCGCAAGACUAACAAACAUUUGAUCUACUUGCUACUACGACAACGAUUUUCGAGUAAGCAAGACAAUUUUGUUUCUAAUGAAUUUUACAAUAUGAAAAAAUCUUUUCAUAAAAUUCUAUUCUUAUUCGAUAUAUCACAUUAA